AUUCACUAUAUUAACAUAUAGAGUAAGCUAGUCCAGUAGUAGCAGUAGUUUUUGUAGACUGAAUAGACUUUGUCUGCCUGUUUUAGUUAAAAAAUAAAUGAAAAGUCAAACAUCACUUGUGAUCGCGGAUGUUGAUAUGGAUGCGAAUCCCACAUAUAUUACCUCCAGUAUUGCAACCUUAUUGAAAGAUGCCCAAUUACCAGAAUGGUUAGAUGCUAUAAUAGCAGUAAAAAAUGAUGUGAUAGGAAGUGACAGGGAAAAGAUGUUAAGCAUCCAAUGUGGAAUAGUUCCCAGAUUAUUACAGUGGAUAGCAGAUGAAACUAUCAAUGUUGAUUUACGUACUGAAUCAGCCAUAGUCUUAGGAAGUUUAUCUAAAGGGAAUGCUGAUAUUAUUAACACACUAGUUCAGGAAAAAACAGUUCCAGUGUUACUUAAGGCUUUGACAAAUCUAAACCAACGUUAUACAGAAGCUGUGUUGAGAUGUUUGAGGUCUAUAUUCCUCGUGAACAUAGAAUCAGUUUCAUGUUUGUAUGAGGAAAAUAAAUCUGGUAGUACAUACAUUCCACAUAUACUGAGCUUAAUCAAUUGUUCUGUUGUGUGUCAAGAAUGCAUUACUACAAUCAUUGAGAAGUGUUGUUUGAACAAAGAUCAUCAAGAGUAUCUGCUAGAGAGUAAUACAUUAGGGAUUUUUGCUCCAUUGCUUACAUCAGAAUUCUACAAAGUGCAGAUGCCCACACUAAGAUGUUUUGCUAACAUGUGCUACAAAAACACUGCUGUGUGUACAGCUGUAGUUGCAGUUCCUAAUUUAGUUGAGGUGUUUGUGGAUUUGAUGGGUAGAGACAAGCCAUCUGAAAUGCAGCUGGCAUCUGCCAAAGUCCUGACUUACCUCCACAGGGGUGGUGCAAUAGAAGCAACAGACUGUGUCAUUAGCAGGAAGACUCUAGGAACUCUAGUGCGAAUGUGUAAAAGGGACAGACCUUUAGAGGAGAAUGUAAAAGGUGCAGAGACUCUAGCAUAUCUUGUGGAGGUGGAUCCAGAUCUGCAGAUGAUAGCUAGCAAUACAGACCAUCUGAUUAGCACUCUUUCUAACUACCUUCAUUACAAAGAUGUGAAAAAGAUUUCUUCCGUAGACAAAAAGGAGGUGGACUGGGGCAGUGAAAUGAGGAGAGCUGCAUUUUUAGCAUUUGCUGCUAUUAGUGCCAAUGAUGAAGAAAUUAGAGAUAAGGUGAUUAAAAGAGAGGGGAUGAUAGAGCAAAUAAUGACAUGCAUGGGCAGCUCUAACCAAGCUGAAGUAGCUGCAAGUUUGAGAUGUCUCCAGUCUCUGACUCGUUCAGUCCAUCAGAUUAGAACUGUACUGCAUGACAAUGCUGUUUGGAAACCAUUACUUACUAUGUUGCAGUCAACCAACCAUGAAAUUAUGGUGCUUGCCAUGACCUGCCUAUGUAACCUGGUUUUGGAGUUUAGCCCCAGCAAAGAGCUUACACCAGAAAGACGAUGGGAUGACAUGGAUGGGUGGCGGCUACUUCUACAAGGUGCUGCAGUGGAUCUCCUUAGUGAAUACUGCCAUAGCCCAGAUAACACAAUUAGACUCAAUGCUAUUUGGGCUAUUAUGUCAUUGACUUAUUGCUCAACUGAAAACUUGCGGUCUAGAGUGAUUGAAACCAUGAGCACAGAGUGUAUCAUCAAGAGGAUUGAGGAUCCAGUGAUGAUCAUCAGACAGAAAGCUUUGGCAGUUGUUCGUAAUCUUUUAACUACAGUCCAUGAUGGAGAAGAAAGGGACAGCACAUCUCAGAGGGCUCGUAAUGAACGUAGAAAUGGUGACAAGACAAUAAUUGACAGAAUGGUGAAGGCCCUGGGGAGUGAAGUCAUUGAUGCCGUCUUUAGGACAAUAAGAAACCCAACACUGCCUGUUUAUGUCCUGGAGCAGGCUCUUUGUGCAUUGAGUAACAUGGCAGAUGGUCCUUCAUGCAAAGCACAUAUUAUUGGAAAAACAGAGGACUUAAAACAUGUUAUCAAAUAUCUGGAUAGCAAGUCUUGUCCUGAGCAACAUCAGUGUUUAAGUUUACAACUUCCUGUCAUUCAGUUUAUCUCCAACCUCAUUGAUACCUCAGAAGAUGAGUCUCCUUGUUUCCCCCAUGCAGGUGCCUACCAGCGCAAAGUUGUGCUCAAAAACCUGGGAGUCCAGCAGAUCUUGGAGGACAUGCUCACUAAAUGGGACAAGUCUGAGAGCAGCAUCAACAGCCCCCUGAUUCACAGCCUCAAUGAUACUCUCAAAUGUCUGUUGACAUAACACAGUCAUCAGUUGAUUGAUGGUGGCUAUAGAUUAGAAAAUAAAUUGAAUGCGAGUCCAAGCUAAUAUAAAGAUCAUUUAUUAUUUUAAAAUAUAAUUUGUACCCAGCUGUUAGAGAAACAGAUCAUAAAUUGAAAUGAAAAUCUAGUAAGAUUUUACUAAUAGAAAUAAAUUAGAACUCUGAAUAGAUGCAUGUAUCUGACAAAAGCUAAACAACAUGCAGACUUAAAUUUUUUACUUGGAUCUCAUACUCAGUAUGUACUGUGGUUUAAAUUUUUUGUUUUCUAAUUGUAAAUAUUAAUUAUCAAUGGUUUAUUGUAAGUUAUCAACUGUUGUUUGUUAUUAUUUGGACUGGUAUAACACACUAAUGAAUGUGUCAGUUAUAUCAUAGCAUUAGAUUUGUAGUGUGUACAUUUUAUUAAGGCAGUUUUGUAGCUAUAAGUUGGUAUUUUUCAAUUUAGAGCUUACAGAUUUCAAAGAUUCUAGAUACAUAGUGACUGAAAAUUGUAUUACAACAGUUAAAACUUGAUUGGGCUAUUUAUAUUUAAAGAUUAUGUGUAGUUACAAAUGUCAUUAAUUAGAGUUGCUAAUGGAAUCAAUGACUGGGAUAAAGUGAGUGAUUAUUGAUAUAAUGAAAGUGUUUGAGUACCCAAACUGGAAUGUUGAAAGAAUCAUGCAUCAAAUUUCUCAUUGUGAAUUAUAAGAAAUUUAAAUUUGAAAAAAAAACUUUAGUCCAGAGUUUAUGUAUCAAUUUUAUAAUUUAUCUUUCUUGUAUAUCAAAUAUAUUUCAAAUUUUUUUAUAAUGCAAUGGUUUUUGUUACUGUGUAAACAUACCCCCAGAAUUUUUUCACUAGUCUAACUUUUUAAAUGAUGCUAAGGGUGAUCAACACAGUUUAUUUUGUGAUAAGGUUGCCACUGUUUAAAUACUAUUAAAUACAUAAAUAAUUAGAAGAUUAGCAAAUAAGAUGAUUAGCAAUGUUCAAUGUAAUUUGUUUACAUAAUUAAAUAUUCCUCUUCUAACAAAAAC